GCAGGAGGCAGGCCUAUGGCUGUAGGAAGGAACAACACAAUUGUGACAAAAUUCAUCCUGCUGGGACUUUCAGACCAUCCUCAAAUGAAGAUUUUCCUUUUCGUGUUAUUUCUGGGGCUCUACCUCCUGACGUUGGCCUGGAACCUAUGCCUCAUCACUCUAAUCAGAAUGGACUCUCACCUGCAUACACCCAUGUACUUCUUCCUCAGUAACCUGUCUUUCCUGGACAUCUUCUAUGUGUCCUCCACUGCCCCUAAGAUGCUCUCUGACAUCAUCACAGAGCAGAAAACCAUUUCCUUUGUUGGCUGUGCCACUCAGUACUUUGUGUUCUGUGGGAUGGGGCUGACUGAGUGCUUUCUCCUGGCAGCUAUGGCUUAUGACCGGUAUGCUGCAAUCUGCAACCCCUUGCUUUAUACAGUCCUCAUAACCCAUACACUUUGUUUAAAGAUGAUGGUUGGUGCCUAUGUGGGUGGAUUCCUUAGUUCUUUCAUUGAAACAUACUCUGUCUAUCGGCAUGAUUUCUGUGGGCCCAAUAUGAUCAACCACUUUUUCUGUGACCUCCCUCCAGUCCUGGCUCUGUCCUGCUCUGAUACCUUCACCAGCCAGGUGGUGACCUUCACAGUGGGUGUUGUCGUUGGAAUAGUCUCUGUGCUAGUGGUCCUCGUCUCCUAUGGUUACAUUGUUGCCGCUGUUCUGAAGAUCAGCUCAGCUACAGGUAGGACCAAGGCCUUCAGCACUUGUGCCUCUCACCUGACUGCUGUGACCCUCUUCUAUGGUUCUGGAUUCUUCAUGUACAUGCGACCCAGUUCUAGCUACUCCCUAAACAGGGAUAAGGUGGUGUCCAUAUUCUAUGCGUUGGUGAUCCCCAUGGUGAAUCCCACCAUCUACAGUUUUAGGAAUAAGGAGAUUAAAAAUGCCAUGAGGAAAGCCAUGGAAAGGAGCCCCAUGAUUUCUCACAGUCGACCAUUUUUAUGACCUUGGGCUAAUGUUUACAGUGAAGCUGUGAGCUGGGUCAAUUGUGCAGACAUUUACGUAAUUUUGAACUAGUUGAUCUAUAGAAGGAGUUAUUGUGAAUUGGGCUUUUUUCCCACUUCCUAAGAUUUCAAUUUGGCCAUUGUUGCUUUGUAAAAUGAAUAGCAUUGUACAGUUUGAGGUUUUAAAUGCUCUGUUUAGCAGAAAACUUCACCACGACAAAAACACCCUGGAAUAGCAAAACAGAGUUUAUUUGUAUAGCAGGAGAAUCUUGAAAAAAUGUUAGUCCAGCAUUUAGUGUGGUGAUCUUUAGGGUAUGACAGGGUGUACCGACGUGAAGAGGAUGAUGCUUUUUCUAAACACAGUUUUCCUUCUUCUGAAAUUCUCAAAUGCUUUCAUUAGAGCUCUUGAAAACCACAGGCAGACACCUUCCCAUGUUUCAGAAUCAUGGCGGUAUAAGCCCCAGUGACUGAUGGGAGAGUUUUAAUACUCUUUAGCUGCAUGAAGGCAGGAAUUCUGAUUUGGGCCUUGAUAUAAUUUGGAUAUUUGUCCCCACCCAUAUCUCAUGUCAAAUUGGAAUCUCCAGUGCUGGAGGUGGGGUCUGGUGGGAGGUGUUUGAAUCCUGGGAGGUAUAUUCCUCACUGCUUGGUGCUAUAUUCAUGAUAGUGAGUUCUUGAGAGAGCUGGUCAUUUAAAAGUGUGUAGCACUCCUCCCUGCCCGCACCACUUUCUCUCUCCUCUCACUCUGUCUCUCUCUUGCUCGGGCUUUUGCCAUGUGAUAUGUCUGCUCCCCCUUUGCCUUCUGUCAUGAUUGUAAGCUUCCUGAGGCCUCCCUAGAAGCUGAGCUGAUGCCAGCACCAUGCUUCCUGUAAAGCCUGAAGAACUGUGAGCCAAUUAAAUCUCUUUAUCAAUUACCUAGCCUAAGGAAUAUUUUUACAGCAGUGCAAGAACAGACUAGUAUAGGCCUUAAUGACUGAACAAACAACUCUUGGCCAAUUCAAUCAACUACAAAAAGAGGUCACUAAAACAAUUUAAAUAAAACCAAGGAAUUUAUUGCUUAAGCCCAAAGUGACAGCUUUCUAACCAACAAUUAAUGUUUCUUAGGAAUCUAAAGGGAAGCAUACACUCAUUUGGAAUGAAAAGUUCUCUAUUUUUGCCAGGGUUGUGAUAAAUUAUAGAAGAGAACUUAGCUAAGGCGUUGAAGAAAAUAAUUUUUCUCCUCUACAUUUUCUCAGAACUUGUUAUGUGUCUUUGAGCUGGCAGUAAAGAACUCGAAUAAAUUUAUUCAGCUGUGGCCUUUCUUGGGUAGGCCAUAAAUAAGUGAGUAAAUAAUAUCUGCCUCUGUCUUUUAAAAAUUUUUUAUUAUUAUACUUUAAGUUCUGGGGUACAUGUACAGAUCAUGCAGGUUUGUUACAUAGGUAUACACAUGCCA